UGUUGUAUCAACAUAUGAUUUUUUUUGUUGAGAUUUUAUUUAUUUAUGAUUUUUAUCUAUUGUAAUUUAAUUUUUUGAUCAGUUAUUUUUACAUAUUUAUUGUGAAUCUGUCUCCUAAGUUGCGGUAAUUAUAGUCAUGGGUUGGUUAACCAAAAUUAAGCAAAUACCUCUGGCUGAUGUUAUAUUUGAUAGUAAAUUUCAUCCAACAAAAUCAAAUAUACUUGUCUGUGCAACUGUUUCAGGUGAUCUUUUUAUUUUGGACACAGAUAAUAACACUAAUCCGAUUGCCGUUGAACUCAACGAUCAUCACAGUGGUUCGCCCAUUAGAAAGAUAGCAUUCACUGACGAUCAUAACAUAAUCACUGCUGCCAAAACUUUGAAGGUAACUGAUUUCAAUACUGGCAAAGUAAUCCGUAAAAUUAAACCCGAUGAACCUCGAAGUAAAAUCUUUUCUCUCUUGGUAAUUGACCAUUGGUUAGUUUGUGCUGGUGAUGAUGAAGGACGAUUCAGAGCAUGGGAUUAUCGAGUUGACCGAGGAACCUUCAUGGAUCUGAAACAAUGUGAAGAUCACAUCAGUGAUUUGGACAUUGAUUCACAAAGAAAGAUAGUAGUUGCAUCAAGUGGCGAAGGUACUUUAACUGCUUUUAACAUAAGAUCAAGACGCAUGGAGGAACCACAAUCUGAACUAUUUGAUGCUGGAUUCCAAUGUGUACGCUAUUAUGAACAUCGGGGCAAAGUGUUGGUUGGAGCUGAAGAUAGUGCAAUUAAUAUAUUCAAUAUUGGUCAGUGGGGCAACAUAAGUGACCGAUUUCCCAUUAAAACUCGCCUUCCUUCACGCAAAAUGGCUGGUAAUACAAUUGAUUCCAUGGAACUGAUUGCUGAUGAUAAAUAUGUCGUUUUAGGCUGUUCUGAUGGUUAUUUGCGUCUACUCACAGUACUGCCAAAUAAAGUAAUUGCAACGGCUGGUGAUCAUCAAACUGGAAUCGAAAGUUUAACCGUAAACAAGAAUACCAAUGUUAUUGCAUCGACUGAUCAUUCAACUAUCCAUUUGCACCAAUUUGAAGAGCAAAAAGAACCAGAAAAACCUUCAACAUCGUCGUCAAAUUUUUUCUCUGAAUUAUGAUGAAGAGCAAAAAUAUAGAGAAAAAAUUGAGAUCCAAAUUGCAGUAAUUUUUUGAAUCACAUUAAGAAUACUCAUUGAUUAAAAUGUGCAUUCAAAAGAUGUA